AUGGCGACAUGGAGAGAACAAUACCUCGCUGCCUUGCAAGCCCGAGAUCAGGUAGAGAAAGCCAACCUUGACCUCUACGACUACUGCACAAAAUUGGCAGACGAGAGAGCCGAAUUAGAAAAGAAGGUCAGAUUGGCAGAGAGGUCCUCCACGUCAGAAGAUCCUCCUGCUGUGCCUGAACCGGUGACGACCCCAGGAUGGGGCAUAAGAAGAGUCACUUCGCCAGCCACACGGCCUGAGUCGCCGAAUUCAAGCGCCACGCAGCUGGUACAGUUAAGACAGGACUUGUCGAAAGCCCAAAGUGAGCGCGCAGACCUGCAGACGCGGCUGGACACCGCACUCCGCGACCUAGAGUCAUUAAAAAGCAAAACCAAGGUGGACAACAAACGCAUCACGCAACUCAGCGCUUCUGUCAACCAAUUGACAAUCAAAGUCCGUGACAGAGAGGAAGAACUCCGCGGCAAAGCGAAACUGAUAGAGAAUGUUCAAGACGAGAACGUCACACUGAACCUUCAGCUCAACAUGGCGGAAGCGCAAUCUGCAAAGCUGAAGAGGGAGAACCAAGAAUUGGUGGAUCGCUGGAUGGCCCGCAUGGGGAAAGAGGCCGACAGGAUGAAUGAGGAGGGCAGAUUUGGCUGA